ACUGGCCUUCUUCCUCUUCAUUACUUCCUGCCCGCACGAGGGUUUCCGUUCUUUCUCCGUUCGUUGAAGCCGGCAACGGACGGCGGAGAGGCGAGACGACGUGAGAGAGGGAGACGCGACACCGCGCCACCAAUCCAAGCUCCCCGCGCCAUGGAUCCCAUCAUGAAGCUCCUCGAGGACGACGAGGACGAGAGCUUGCACUCGGGCGCCGACGUCGAGGCCUUCACGGCGGCACUCAACCGCGAGGUGGAGGCUAGCACCAGCGCCCCCGCCGCCUCGUCAUCCCAGCCGAUGGAUCACGGCGCCGGUAUUUUACCUCAGGAAAACAAUGCAUCAUUAAACCACAGUCAUGGCCAGUGGCAAGAUUCAGUAAAGAAUGAAAUUGCAAACCAGGAAAGCCAACAAGAAAAGGCACAUUUACAUCAUGGAAAAGAUCAGUCAUCCAGACCUGAAGUGAUUUCUGAAGGUUCUGAAAACGAACACCUUCACGCUAAUGCACCAAAAGAAUGUGAUGCGCCAAAGGUAAAGCAAGAGCCUGGAACCACUUCCCAACAAAGUAUUUCUGCUCAGCAGCAGCCUUUGCACCAAAUGAAGAGUCAACAAACACCAGGCACGAACCAAACAAAUAGUGCUACUACGAUGGUAAAAGCCCCAGUUGUUACAUUUCACAUGUUAAUCCCGAUUUUGAGGCACCACCUUGACAAAGACAGGGAUAUGCAAGUCCAGUCCAUUUUUGCAAAAUUGCGGAAAAAUGAAAUCAGCAAGGAACACUUCUUGAAAGUUGUAAGGAGUAUUGUUGGUGAUAAGUUGCUCAAGCAAGCUGCUGCGCAAUAUCAAAUGCAGCACACUGCUCAGGCACAACGGAACCCUCAGACAAAUCCCAGCAACUAUUCGUUAGUGAAUCAAGUUUCUGGUCUGCAGAAUGUCUCCAGUGGUUCUAUGCCAGGAGAUGAGCAGAAAGCAUAUCCAGUGGCUCACCCCAUCCCUGUAAACCAAGUUAUUGACAGCCCAAUACCACCUCAAUUUUGUCCUUCCUCAUUAGGCCAAAUGCAGAGUAAUAAGGGUUAUACAGCUUCAGAAAGCAAUGUGCAUAAGGCUAAUGAAGCGGGUAACAAUUCAGAUGGGAAAGGAGUGCAUAUGCUAUAUACCCGUCCACCCAAUAUCCACUCAGUUCCGGUGCAACCAAUGCAACAUCAUGUGCAGUGUCCACAAACGCCUUCACCUGUUCUUGGGACAAAUAACUUUCAUACACAUCCAUUUCCACGGCCAGUUGGAGGUCCAGUUGUAUCACUUAGACCACAAAUGGUAGAUUCCAAUCAAAGAGCACAAUUAGUCCAGGUAGUUGCUACCACAAUGUCUGGGAGUGUGCCAACACGAUCCACAGUGUCUGGAAAUGUGCCAACUAAUCAAUCUGCACGGCAACAAUCAGCAAUCAAGGAGCAGAAAAGUAACUCUUUCACUCCAACACCACAUAUGAAUAUGGAAUCUGUUAGCCAGCACUCUGAAUCCACACAGAAUUCUUUUGUUGCGUUGCAUGCGAAACAAAUCAGUUCAGUCAUUGGAUCUUCAAAGGGUGGCAGUGUUUUGGAAAACAAAUCACUUGCGUUGAAUGCUUCUAAGUCUUUGGCUGCAGCAAGCUCAAGUCAGACUCAUCAAUCUCAUGGCGCUCAAGAACCUAAGAUGCAGAUCCAAUCUUCCGUGCAAGCACCUCCUGCUCCAGCAGCUUCUAAAACACCUCAAAAAAAGGCUUCUUCUGGACAGAAAAAGCCUUUGGAAGCAUUAGGCUCAUCCCCUCCACCGUCCAACAAAAAGCAGAAGGCAUCUGGGGGUUUUCAUGAUCAAAGCAUUGACCAUCUUAAUGAUGUCACAGCAGUUAGUGGUGUUAAUCUGAGGGAAGAAGAGGAACAACUUUUCUCUGCUCCAAAGGAAGAGAGUCGAGUUUCAGAAGCUGCUCGGAAAGUUGUACAAUUAGAGGAAGAAAAACUCAUCCUACAAAAGGGACCCCUGACAAAGAAAUUAGCAGAAAUCAUGAGAAAAUGUAAUUUGAAGGUCAUCGGCACUGAUGUGGAGCGUUGUCUAUCUAUGUGUGUUGAGGAGCGGUUACGAGGAUUUAUAAGCAAUAUAAUAAGGCUCUCAAAACAGAGGGUUGAUGUUGAAAAAUCAAGGCAUCGUUUUUACCCUUUAUCUUCAGAUGUUCGCAGUCAUAUAAUGAGGGUGAACCGAGAAGCUAGAGAACAGUGGGACAAAAAGCAGGCUGAAGAUGCUGAAAGAAUCAGGAAACACAAUGAUGGAGAUGGCAAUACAAAUGUUGAUUCAGAAAAAGACAAGAACGAGGCCCGUGCCACAUCAAAGCAUUCUAAGACUUACAAUGAGGAAGAUGAUAAAAUGAGAACUACGGCUGCAAAUGCUGCUGCGCGAGUUGCAGCUGGAGGAGAUGACAUGCUGUCAAAGUGGCAAUUGCUAGCUGAGCGAAAUAAACAGAGAAGUGAGGGAGGUGAUGGUUCUUCUGGUUCCUUACCAGGUAAUAUGUUGCCUCACAAGCCUUCACAAAAAUCCGGGAAAGACUCAAGGGAGCAGCAGGAAGUUGAAAAGAGAGGCUACGUUGCUAUGCUUGGACCUGGUGGUGUUAGAAGGUCACCAGUCACAAAAGUGGCGCGGAGCAUUACAGUAAAGGAUGUGAUAGCAGCACUGGAGCGAGAGCCUCAGAUGUCAAAAUCCUCCUUGCUUUUCCAGCUAUACGGGAGAUCCUCGGCAGAAUCGGCUGCAAAAUAAUUUUACAAUAUUCAGUUCGUUAUUUUGUCCGUUCAUGACUUCGUAGCCUGUUACGGAGGCAUCUUUCUGGUAGCAUGGUCCAUAUAAGGCCCAAUCACCAAGUGAUGGGCCUGAUCGGUUGACGAAUCAAUUUUGCAGGCAUUUGACGGUUACUAGCGAGUCAGCGUUUCCCUGGAGCUAUUUUUUUUCAAGGGAACGGUCUGCCGAUGUAUUUUUUUUAUUUUUUCCCUGUAUAAUUGUGUCGUCGUGCACAAUGUCAAUCAACUUCAGUUAGCAUGAAAUGACAAAUAGCAUCAUGCUCAUUUUGUAUAGCAGAGAUUGGACUAGUUUGUGUUCCUCUUGAGAUGUUUAUACGAUUUGCCAAGAGUUCUAUUUUUUUACCA